AUGGAGGAGCUCAAAAUUCUGUGCACCUCUGUGAACGAAAAAGGCGACCGAAUUGCCAUUGGCACGACAUAUGGGUUUGCGGUAUAUUCAAUGGACAACGGCACCUUCACGAAAGUGUUCAAUCGGACGUUUCGAAAGGGUAUUGGAGCGAUUUCGGUGUUAGACGAUUCAAAUGUUAUUUCAUUUGCUGGGGGCGGGAAGAACCCAUAUGUAUCGAAUAGCACCGUUGUAGUCUUUGACGACAAAAAGAAUGCAGAACUGUUUAAAGAGACUUUUCCGUCCCGGGUCUUACGCCUGAAAAUGACACGAAAGAUCCUCUUCAUCGUCUUUCAGACGGAAGUCAAAAUAUACAAAUUUGCGACAAACGAAAUCAUCAAUAUAGAGACUGAUUUCAACGGAAGAGGGUGUUUGGAGUAUAACGCGCAGAGUAAUCUCUUGCUCCUCCCUAACAAGAAGAUGGGGGAGAUCGUUCUGAGUGAUUUACAAACUAUGAAACAAACAAUUUUGAAAUGCCACAAACACAAUGUUACUAACUUCACCACAGAUAGACAAGUUUCACUGCUGUGCUCUUCCAGUGUCGAGGGACUUAUGGUCCGUCUCUGGAACCUUAGUGGGGGUGAGAAGGUGAAGGAGUUUCAAAGAGGACUUACAACAGCUCAGGUUCUGAUCAUCGCUAUAGACCCGGACAAAAGAUACGUUCUCGUCUACUCAAGUGACUUGUUAGUGUCUAUCUUUGAUAUCCAAGGAAAGGCAAAAUCGAAAUGGUACUCCAGUGUUGAUGCUCCUGUGGCACAGAUCAAAGUCGAACAAACAUGUGUGAACAUUUUAUUUAUUGGAAAUGGAGAAUUUGUUGUGUUGCACCAGGACGGGAGUGUCGAUAAAUACAAGUGCGUUGAAGCAAAUGAAAUUGUCGUUGUGGAGACUAUAGGCACACCGUUUUGUUUGUUUGAUUGUUUAGAGUAG